AUGAAAGCAUCUGUUUACAUUCCAUCGGACAUAAUCGAAGAGAUUCUAUUUUUCAUUCAGGCGGAUCAUUGUACGCCUAAUAAUCAACUCACAUAUCAUGUUGGACCAACCUUAUACUCAUGCCUAUUAAUUAAUCAUCAAUGGUGUCGAUUGGUCGUUCCCAAAUUAUGGAAGCAUCCCUUUUACUAUGCAUGGAAAGGGAGUGGGAAUGAAAAAUUGAUUUCAACGAUCCUAUCAUUUUUAAAGGAGACUUUAAGGAAACCCUUGAUUUGUAACGGAUUCGUUUUACCAUCCAUUAGUCAAGGAUCAACCUUUGAUUACAUCUCAAUGAUAAAACAUUUACAUUAUGAUUAUAUGCUAACCUCGGUUGAGUCAUGGUGUAAAAAUCUGGUUAAUUCAUCCGGAAAUAAUAAUGUCUCGAUGAUCAUCAAGGUCAUAUUGAGACUUUUUGUUGACAAAUCUGUUGAAUUGACCAGUCUCUUCAUCUGGCCAAAUAAUGUUUAUUUGCGACAUUAUAAUUUAAAUAAGUACAUGGAAUUGGUUGAACCUGAAUUCAAUGGUUUACUAAAGAAUUUAAUGAGUCUUCAUGUGGAAACGCAUUCUCAUUAUCCAUCUGCAAAAUUCUUGCAAAAAUUAUCUUUAAUCGUCCGUAAUGUGAAAAAAAUCCAUUUGAGAACUCCACUAUUAGGUUUAAAGGGAUUCCCAAAUGGUAUGGAGGCUGGAAUCGCAAAAAAUUUGUGCACAUUAAUACAGUCUCAAACAAAAUUGGAGGAAUUUAAAUUGAUGAGUUCCUUCAAAUUCACUCCUUCAUUUAUCUCAUCAUUAUCCGUUCACACCGAUCAUCUCAAGAGCGUAGCAUUAUUUGAAACGAAAAUUGAUGAGGUGGAUUCUUGGAAGGUUUUAACAAAUUGUUUGAACCUAGAAAGAUUUGAAAUAAUUAAUUGUGUUGGAUUACAUUCCGACUUUAUUUCACUUUUUUAUAAUGUCAAUAACUUUAAGAAAUUAAAAUGGAUUUCAAUGGAAAAAAAUCAACCUAAUGAAAUCAAUGAAGAAUUGAAAACUUGUGCUAUUCACAAGUAUAAAGAUGAUCUUAGGUUUAGGUUAUUGAAAAGUGGCAAGAUUUUCCUUCAGGUUACACAUUCAUGA